AUGAGUAACAAGAAAAACCCUUGUGUGUUCUUGGAUUUGUCAUUGGAUGGAAUUGCUGCUAAAAGAAUAGUGAUCGAGCUUUUUGCUGAUGAAGUUCCUAAAACUGCUGAGAAUUUUCGACUACUCUGCGCAGGUCAAAUGGUGGUGGAAGGAAGUACCACAUUGCACUACAAAGGAACUGAAUUCUCUCGUAUCCAUAUGGGCGCCUUCGCUCAAGGAGGUGUUUUCUCAAACCAAAACCAAAACGGCACCAGCAUCCACGAAAGACGACUUUAUGCAGAUGCGAAAACUAACACAAGGUGUAGUGAGUACGGUGUGCUAGCUGUCCAAACAUGUACAAAGGGAUUGAAGUUCCAUAUAAUCUUGAAUCCGUGGCCCGAUCAUGAUAGGGUGCAAGCAGUUUUUGGAAAGGUGAUAGACGGAAUGGAAACUGUUAAAAAAAUUGACAGCAUGGGAACACCAACAGGAAAACCUUCUGGAAAGGUCAUAAUUACAAACUCUGGUGAAAUUCCUGAAGAAGAUAAAAACAAGUAUGUGAUGGAGUCUGAUCAAGUCGAAAGAGAAGAACCAAGGAAGACACUUACACGAUCCAACUAUGCUUCCAAGUAUUAUCACUAUAGAAGGAAACGCUUGGCGUCAUCCAAAUCUAACUCUGAUCCGGAGAUUUAUAAAUCUCUACUGGCGAAAUUUAGAGAGGAUGCUAAAAUUUUAAAGGCACAACAAAAGAAAAAGGCGAUGGUGAUGCACUCUGAUAAAGGUUCCGAGCCCGCUGAAAAUUUUAAAGGUACGACAAAAACUAUAUCAUAUGCUCGGCUAUACAGUUAUAGCGGUCCAAAAUCAUAUAUCGGUCAAGGUGGUCAAGGCCGAAAGGAUAAAAUUAGGAAGAAACCUUCUGAUGACAUUUCUCAGGGGCGAGUAACAAAGAAACGUGUUCCAACUUCAACUGUCGGUGAUGAGAAGGAGCACCAGUUAUCUAAAUCUUUCGAGGAGGAGAUGGAAGCAUUUUUGGAUGAGGAGUUUGAAGCUAAGCUGAUGGUACAGGUUGCCAAAAUGAACUUUAAUGUUUUUGAACAUUAUGUGGAGUUUGAUAAAGGCAAACCUGCGAUGGAGUUUCAUUACUCAAAAACAAAGUACUGGUCAUCAUCAUCCACCUCUUAUUCGGGGUAUCGUUCUGGUCCGUUGAGUGGUUGUGGGAGACGGAUCGGGUCAGAUCUGCUGGUUGUUGUUGAAGUCGAGUUAAAUCGCCGGAAAGUCAUGUGGCGGCGGUUCUGGGUCAGGGCGAUUGCUGGAUGUGGCGGUGAUGUUGACUUUUCAGUUUGUUUGGGGGUUCGGAGUUGUGGUGGUGGGCAAUGGAUAGAGAGAGGGUAG